AUGAAAUUUAGCAACAUUGCCAUAAUUAAAGUUUCACAGAAGAAUAUAUUGUCAAUACAUUUUAAACCACGCCCAACAAUAGGCCUGUCAGACACAGCUAUAAUGGACAUGAUGAUAUCCAACCUACAGCAGCAACGCCAAGUUACUGAACAACUUAGGCGAGAGGCAGCAGUAAAAAGAAUAGCCGUCUCUCAAGCAGUGCAAGAUAUGAUCAAGUUCAUUUCAGAACACCAAAGGGAUGAUUGUCUCAUAGUUGGCUUUAGUUCUCAAAAAGCCAACCCCUUCCGUGAAAAGAGCAGUUGUACUUUAAUUUAA